AUGCCUCCUUUAUCAGGCGAAGAGUGUAUGCUAACUGUCUUUGCGGAUAUCCAUUAUUACUUCACAGCACCAAAUCCUAAACCGCUGCUCCAUCGGUUCGAUAAAGGCUCAUAUCUAUAUCUCUAUCACAAUGCGGCCUUGCACACGACGCGGAUUGAAGUAGCGAACAACCCUGGAACCCAAGACCAGGAUGCAUUCAAUGGGACUCUUGACCAUGUUCACUUGCGCCACUCCACCAGGUUUCCGACGUUAUGUACCUUGACCGUGGACGGCCAGGGGCAAGCACAGGCCUACCCCCCACCACCCUCCAGCACAAGUCCUUAUGACUGGCAAUUACCCAGCCACGACCCCCGUGGAGAGACUACAAUCCAACGUCUCAACACCUUGGACAUCUAUUUCUGGACCCAGGAUGACGCUGAUCAGUUCCUGGAUCUUGCGGAGCGCUAUUUGCCCAGCGCCCAGGUUGAAACCGACCGACAUCCCUAUCAACCUGCGUCAGAGACCCACGCUACCAGUACUAUUGUCCAGCAACUUGAGAACGUAGCGAUCACAGAUCCCGCGUACCAAAACGGACAGACCAGAAACUCCCAGUCAGAAGUAGUUCCAAACCCUGGCGCGCACUCCGUCUCUCCUGGUGCAUCAGCUGGUUUUCCUCCACCUCCACUCAGUGGUCCACCCCCCCAACAACCAUCCCCAAUAAACCCAUCUCCGGCAGAGCAGAAGAGGGAUUCCGCCCAAUUUGCGCCCUUGCCGUAUAACCCGGCGGCCCCCGCUGCGCCCGAACCGAUCAAGCACCGCGAGAAAACACCUCCUCCCCCGGAUGCCGGAGAAGGGACCGGUCUCGCCGCAGCUAUGGCCGCAGACCAAGGCAUCCUAUACUCGGCUCCUUCCCAACUCUCAGGAGGAGUCUAUACUCAUCGCCCUACGCAGAGCCAAGCAAUUCCAUAUUCCAUGCCCGGAAGCUAUGCGUCACCACCCCCUAGUGCGGGACUAACCCGGGCGGGGACAUUCCCCUUACAAGCAUCCAGCCAAGGGCCUUCGGGAUUGCCUCCGUAUUCCCCUGGUUUCCCCGCAGGCGCAGGACCGCACCAUGCCCAGGGAGCACCGAUGAUGUCCUUUGCACCACCUCCUACGGAUCAAAACGCGCACCUAGCGCAGGAGCCCAGCCUCUACGGUACCCAAGUCCCAGCAAUUGGCGGCUACUCAGACUAUUCCUACGACCAGACGCCCCGGCAACACCGGUUUAGUUCCGAGUACGAUGUUCAUAACCAAAUGUACCGACCAACAGAAGCAGAAGCCAAGUCCCAUCUCCAGAAACAUGCUCAGCUUGCCGUGCAGAAUCCAGGACAGCGGCCACGGAAGCUCGAAGACAGCGCCAUGCGGAUGGAGAAUAGUGUGAACAGAUUCCUGAAGAAGCUGGAAAGGAAGAUCUGA